GCAGCUCGUUCCAGAGCGGGGCUAGCGCCGCCGGCGCUUCCCCGGAAGGGCCACGCGGAACCUUAGGCGCCACAGCUGCCCUAAACUUGCGGGGGUGGCCCCUUGCCGGUCCCCGUAACUAAGCGGGACAUUUCACUUGGACGAGCAGUUUCUCCCGAACUCCUGCCCACCCUCCGGGGAGCUAGGAGCUCCCAUCAGACAUAGCCAAAAAAAAGGAAAAAAAAAAAGGAUCUUGGGGGAACCGGCUGUUAACAAUUGCCACCGUGCGCCAGACUCUUGUUCCGCGUAUUUAGACAGAGCUAUGACUCAAAGAAUCAGAUUCCCGUUUUGCUGUCUGAUCCGGGGUCUCGCGUUUCCACGGCUGCUUCUCUUUGGCGUGACCUGCCCCAGCGUUGUCUGCUGCCUAUUGCUACCUGACCUCGAGGGAAGUGCCCACCUCUUGCUUCUUUCCAGAAACAAGUCGAAACACGAGCUGGGCUAUUGUGAGACAAAAGCUAAGUUAGCCUUGUCUCUCGACUUUUGGACUCUGUCCUCUGAGAACCUUUUAGCUGUGUUGCCAGUUGAUCCUGUUAAAGAAAACUAUGUUCGUAAAGUGAAAAACUGUAUUUUUUCAAUUGCCGUCCCUACUCCUUUGAAAUCAAGAGUACGUCUUGUAGCAGUUUCAAAGGAAGUUCUAGAAGAUAUUUUGGACCUUGAUUUAUCUGUCUCAGAAACAGAUGAUUUUAUCCAGCUUGUGAGUGGUGAAAAGAUAGUAUCUGGAUCCAUUCCAUUGGCUCACAGAUAUGGUGGCCACCAGUUUGGGAUCUGGGCAGGUCAGCUUGGGGAUGGAAGAGCCCAUCUUCUUGGAACUUACAUGAACAGGCAGGGUGAAAACUGGGAGCUCCAAUUAAAAGGCUCAGGAAAGACCCCAUAUUCCCGAAAUGGUGAUGGCAGAGCUGUACUUCGUUCCUCAGUGAGAGAAUUUUUAUGCAGUGAGGCUAUGCACUCUCUCAGAAUUCCAACCAGCAGAGUUGCAAGUCUGGUUGUAAGUGACGAUGAAGUAUGGAGAGAUCAGUUCUACAAUGGAAACAUCGUGAAAGAACGAGGUGCUGUAGUGCUGCGUGUUGCAAAAUCAUGGUUUAGAAUUGGAUCAUUAGAAAUUUUGGCUCAUUAUGGUGAACUGGAUUUACUAAGGACAUUAUUAGACUUCAUCAUACGGGAGCAUUUCCCCUCAGUAGAGGUCGCAGAACCUAACAGAUACGUGGAUUUCUUCUCUGUUGUGGUAUCAGAGACAGCACAACUCAUUGCCUUGUGGAUGUCUGUUGGUUUUGCUCAUGGUGUUUGUAAUACUGAUAACUUCAGUUUGUUAUCCAUUACAAUUGACUAUGGUCCAUUUGGUUUUAUGGAAGCCUAUAAUCCAGAUUUUGUCCCAAACACAUCUGAUGAUGAAGGAAGAUAUAAAAUAGGAAAUCAGGCCAAUAUUGGGAUAUUUAAUUUAAACAAGUUAUUGCAAGCUUUAAACCCAAUACUGGAUCCUAGGCAAAGGCAGCUAGCUGCUCAGAUUCUUGAGGGGUAUCCAGUUCUUUAUUAUACAAGAUUUAGAGAAUUGUUCAAAGCCAAAUUGGGAUUACUUGGGGAAACAAAGGGUGAUGAUGAUUUAAUUGCAUUUCUCUUACAUCUCAUGGAAAAGACAGCAGCUGAUUUUACAAUGACAUUUCGGCAGCUCAGCGAGAUAACUCAAAGCCAGUUACAGGAGCUCAACAUUCCCCAGCAAUUCUGGGCGCUGAAUAUGAUUUCCAAGCACAAGCUCUUUCCAGCCUGGGUAUCCCAGUACCUGCUGAGACUGAAGAGUAACGUGAACGAUUCAGAUUCUGAAAGAAGAAAAAGAAUGACAACUGUUAAUCCUAGGUAUGUGCUGAGGAACUGGAUGGCAGAAUCCGCAGUGCGAAAAGCAGAAAGGAAUGAUUUUUCAGAGGUCCAUCUUCUCCAGCGUGUUCUUCGGCAUCCUUUCCAGAAGCAUUCUGCAGCUGAAAAAGCAGGUUACUCCUCACCUACUCCUUCUUGGGCCAAGGACCUCAAAGUUAGCUGCUCAUCUUGAUUUAGGUUAAAGAAAUGAAGGGAUACUUUUGUCAUUGAACUCAACAUAGAAUCAUCCAUUUGAUAAAUUCUUUAAAAAAAUCUUUUUUUAAACGUUUUUAUUUAUUUUUGAGGGAGAGAGAGAGAAGCCUGCUUGGGAUUCUGUGUCUCCCUCUCUUUCUGCCCCUCCCCUGCUCGCUCUCUGUCUCUCUCAAAAAUGAACAUUAAAAAAUUAAAAAAAUAAAACUAAAGAAAACCUCACAAAAUUUUAAGGUGACUGUUAUUAUUUAAUUGUCAAAGUAACACUUGCUCAUGCCAAGUAAUACAUGCUCAUGUAAAAAAUUUAAAUAAAGAAGUAUAUUGAAUAAAUGUGGAAGUCUUCCUUCAUACUCAACUUCCUCCUCUUUCCUAUACCCAUUCUCUGUCCCAGAUAUAAAUAUGCUUUAUGAGUCUUGUAUCUUUCAGAUUUCUGCCGUACAUUUACAUACCUAUCUAAAAACAUACAUAUAUAAGUGCACAGGUUUAUGUGACUAGGGGCACACUUGACAUAUUAUUUUGUAAACUGGCUUUUAUUUAGUUAUACAUAUAUUAAUAUUCAAUAUGAGUAUGUGCUGAUCUUCAUUUGCUUUAAUGGUUUAAAAAUAUUCCAUGGUAUAGAUAUACCAUAUUUUGUGAAAUCAUUUACAUAUUUGAUACCCAAUUGUGUUUCCAGAUUUUUUUCCAUUGUAAGAAUAGCAUCCUUGUCUGUGUAUCUUUGUAGAAUUCUACAAAUAGAAUUAAUUGGGUCGAAGGUAUAUGCAUGAAAAAUGCUUAUAUAAACUGCCACAAAGGCUUUACCAGUUAAUAUCCCCAGUGAUGUAUCACAAUACCAGUUUAUUCACACUUCAGCAUUGGAUAUUGUUGUUUUUUUAAUUUUCAUUUUUUUUAUUUUUGAGAGAGAUACAGAGCGCAAGUGGGGGAGGGGCAGAGAG